AGUUGAUAGGAUCCUGUCCGGAUUCUGUAAGUCCAUAGAUUGAGUCAGUAGGUGUGUCAGUCAGGGGGAGUAGAGUCUAAGUGGUGAGGAGCGGAACCGAUUGUCUGGUUGUGCACCUUCCACCAUGAUUGACACCCGUAGUGAGAAGAGUACUGCCCCCUCCAAGGCCGAGCAGGCCCGGAUUGCCGCCCUUUUGAGAGAGAAAAAAGAGAAGAAGGAACUCUUGAAGCAGGCAAAGCUAAGGGCCAUUGCAGAGGAGCAGACGACGAAGAAGAAGAGAUUGGAGGAGGAGAUGUUGCAAUUUCAGAAGGAGAAGAUGAUGCUGUUAGAACGAGAGGAAGAAGAGAGGAAGAAGGUUGCACAAGAAGCAGCAACAGAGGAGGAGGAAGAAGAAGUAGAGCCCCUUGAAAGGAGACGUGGAGAAGAGAGAGGGGAGACAAGUGACACAAAGGGAGAGGACAUGUGGAUGGAGAAGAAGAUAACUGAGUGGGUGGCUAAUUUAUCGUUAGGGGAGGAUGAGGAGGCACAGUUAUAUGUGCCGCACAAGGAGAAAGAAGCGUUUGUCAGGGAGUUGGAGACGAUAGAAGAUCCCCUGGAACGCCAAACGACGGAGGACAAGAAAAAGUUGGAGUGGAAACUAAGAAUGAUGAGGGAGAAAAAGAGGAGGAGAGAGGAGAUCAACAGGGUGGCGAAAGAAGUGGAGAAGGUUCAAGCCUGUAAAGAAGAGGUGCAGGCACAAGCGGAGGUCCCCGCCAAACUAGAUAAGAUCCUGGGGUACCUAGAAAUUUUAAGCAAGGCCUGGGUAGAAGAACAUCAGGCCAUCAAGGGUCAAGAUGUCACCCUGCACGCCAUCUGAUCUGGGUUUAGAGAGUUUGUGCGCGACGUAGUGACCCACGUCGGGACCGAGGUCAAGAAACUAAAGGAGGGCGCAGAGAAGUUAUGUGCCGGCGCCGUUGAGGGUGCCAAAAUUGUGGCUGCGGCCAAAGCCGAAGCACGUCCCCGCAAAGAGCCAGUAAAGCUCAAAUUUCCUG